UAGGGUUUCAGUGUUUUUUCUUUUUUUCUCAUUCCUCCCGAUUUUAACCGACUCUAGACGAUUCCAGGACCGAUCUAGAUACCGGUUUGUGGUUUUUAAACCAUGGAUUAGGCGGAACGGUAACGAGUCACUCACCACGAGUGGCGACUCAAUACAUGUCAUCACUCUUAACUCCUAUAUCUGUCUGUCUCUUCUACAUUCAUGUCGGCCUCGAAGAUUUCGGAGAAAGAGAUGAAUCCUUCGUCGCAUGUACCGACUGAACCUGACCUACUUGCCAGAACUGUCACUGGCGCACCUUUGGAUCUCGAACUCGAAUUUUACGAUGCUCACAUAGAUUAUCGAAAUGAAGCUGCGAUGGGCGGAGUUGACUUUGGAACGCCCCUUAAUGAAGCAGCGAGGGUGGAAAUCGACAUUGAGCGAGCGCUCGAUGAGGUCCCAAGAACCGCCCCGGAGGAUUCGCCACUGCCUCCUCCUCCUCCAUCGUCUUCAGAGGUUAAUGAAUCCUCCCUAAAUGGAGCCAGAGAUCUCGUAGUGGGCCUGGAAGCAAAUAGGUUGGACGGUGGGAAUGAAGGGGAGCCGGUGCCUUUUAUGGAAAAGACCGAUUCACAGUUGGAGUCUCAGCCCCAGACACAUCCCCAGCCACAGCCACAGCCACAGCCACAGCCACAGCGAAAGCGGAGGAGGGCGCCGAAAACGGGGCUGGAGCUAGCGAUGGUCGAAGCAUCGCCCAAGACACCGGACUGGUUACCACCGGGUUGGCUGAUGGAGAGCCGAGUACGGGGCACCGGUGUCACCGCCGGGCUGAAAGACCGGUAUUUCUAUGAUCCAGUCUCAGGACGUCAAUUUCGGUCCAAGAAAGAAGUGCUUAACUUUAUUCAAACAGGAUCAAGUGGAAGGAAGAAGGGGAACUCAAUGAAGAGCAACACUGACGCCAGCAUAAUGGCUUCAGAGAGCUCUGGGUAUGAUAGACGAAAUGGGUCUAACUCAAAAGGGAAGAGAGCCAAGGCUUCCAGCUUUGAUUUCAACCACCGGCCAGCAAAGGUCCGAUGGGUUCUUACUGAUUCUGUGAAUGGGUUGUGGACCCCUUAUAUUGGUGACGAAAGCCUGCCGGAGUCACACAAACAAGAAUGAGCUGCAACAGCAUUUACAUCAUUUGCCCUCUGCAAAGGAAAAUAAUCUUUUGAAAGAUAGAGAAGAUGCGAGAUGGAUGUGGAAAGCAUUAUCAGUCUCUCCUCUAACGUCAGCCUAGGCCUAGAUGUGUUUGGGAACUUUUGAAGUGAAAUUCAUAAAGGGACCCUAUCUCUCGAUAUGCUGAAUCCGAGCAAAAUAGUCAUUCUUGUAAGUCAAAAUCAUUGUCAGCUACGUCCCUGUUUUACUGAACUUCUGUUAUAAUUUAGGACACUGAGGCAGUCUCAAGUAAUGUAUGUCCAUCUUGUUGGAUUUGAAAUGGAUAAGGGUGCAUGAUCAAACCUGCAAAUUAAACAUUCUAUCAUUGUUGUACUAUCAAAAAAUAACAUUAUUGAAUGCUUUUGGAA